UUAGAUACGUUUACUCUAUUCGCACCAAUCGACAGUGCCUUUGAUUUCUUACCAGAAAAUUUAAUACAAGAACUACGAAGUAACCGACAGAAAUUAGAAGAAUUUCUUCUUAGUCACAUGAUAAAUGGGCAUUUAAUAUUAAAUAACAUAGAAAAUGAUCAGAUGAUUCGUACUUUAAAUAAUACAUUUUUGAGAUUUAAUUCAUAUUACGGAGGUGAUGUAAAAACAGUUUCAGGAGCUCAAGUUAUUAAUGCUGAAAAUAAUGGCGCCAUAUUGGUAUACAUUAUAGACAGAACAUUAGGACGAACAACAGAUCAAAAUAUUAUCGAUUACUUAAGUAAAAAUCAUGUGAAAUUUUACGAAUUGUUGCAGUUAACAAAUUUUAUUCAAAAUAUUGCUGAAGGAACGUACACAAUAUUUGCUCCUUCUGAUGAAUCAUUUUUCAGUCUUCCUAAUUCGGCUCUAAACCUAUUAAAUCAUAACCAAACAUUAUUACAGGAUGUUUUACAAAACCAUAUAAUAGAGAGCACUAUUUAUACUCCUGCUCUGACAAAAGGUUCUCUUCUUACGACUGUUGGUGGAAGUGCUUUAACUAUUUCUACUCGCCGAGGUAUAAUACUUGUCAAUGGUGUAUCGAUUGUAAAACCCGACAUCCAAGUUACUAAUGGUGUUGUUCAUGUUAUCAAUCGUCUGAUUUUACCUAAAGUAUUUUUAGAACUUUGUCGAUGUAUGCCAAUGAAUUCAGAUACGUCGCUUAGAGGGAGACAAAGAGAAUUAUCCGUAUCAACACCCGAGCGCGACAGACAUUCAGUUGUUGUAAUUUCUCCUCGAGGAUCUCACCUCCCACGAUCCUCAGUUAUUAUCAUUAAGCCUUCUAAUUCCAGACCAUCAGAAUUCGGAUCUAGGAUCAAUUCUACGUCAGGAAUUCAUUAUAUUUUUCCAACUACUAGUCCUGUAUCUUCGCAACGAACUAGUAAAACUGUGCUCCAAGUUCUCGAAACUCCAAUUGUGAUUGCUGGUCGUCAUCCAGCGAAAUUUACCAUAGUUACAAAUUUAUUAAGAAAAGCUGGUUUGAUGGAGGUACUUUCUCAAACAAAUCCAUUAACAACACUUUUACCAACGGACGAAGCUUUUGAAAAACUUCCCGAAAACAAAUUGCAACAAAUGCAAAAUGACGUGCAAUUAUUGAAGAGAGUUCUUUUAUGUCACAUGGUUGCUAGAAAUAUUCCAGUCAACGAUUUACAAAAUAAUUAUCGCUUACAAACAUAUAACGGUGUUCCUGUUGUUGUAAAUAUAUUAAAAAGGAGAAGGAUGAUAUUGAUAAAUGGUGCAGAAGUAUUAGCUACGUCUCCGGUGGUGAAUGGAUUCGUUUAUAUAAUUAAUAGGAUCUUCUAUCCUUUACCAGCUCCAAAUAUAUUAAAUGAUUUGAAAAAACGACCGGAAGUUACUAGAUUUUUAGACCUCGUUCGGCAGGCGAAUUUAGAAAAUUUACUUUCAGGAAUUAAUGUUGCAACUGUAUUUGUUCCCACAAAUAAAGCAUUUCAGAAUAUUCCGGAAGAAGUCUUAAAAGAAAUUUUUAAAGAUACUUAUUCAUUACAAGAGUUGAUUUUACGUCACGUUGUGUCUGGAAUUCAUUAUAGCAUAGAAUUCGAUUCUGAUUCUAAUCUUGAAUCUCGUUUGGGCGAAGCUCUAAAUUUUGUAAAAACUCCAGAGGGAAUUUAUGUCAAUGGCGUUCGGAUUAUUCAGCCAGACAUAACUUCGGGAAAUGGUGUUAUCCAUCUGCUUGAUUCAGUUAUAUCAAAACAAGAUGUAACUUAUGGUCCUAUCGACGAAUCAGAAUUUGAAACCACCACCUCUCCCUCCACGACCUUGUCUUCAACAAUUUCAGAGACAGAAGUAACAACUAUCCCAUCUUCAAGUGAUUUCACAGAACGCUACAGUAGUCCAACAUCUGUUAUAACUACUUUAGCUGCUACUACUUCUGAAGAAACUACUACUACGCAUGAAGAAACUACUACUACGCCUAAAGAAACUACUACUGUGCCUGUAGAAACCACUACUACGCCUGUAGAAACUACCAGUGCUUCUGAAGAAACUACCAGUGCUUCUGAAGAAACUACCAGUGCUUCUGAAGAAACUACUACUGCUCUAUUAUCAACUGAAACUAUUGAAAGUAGCUCAGUGAGUACGACCGACUUGCCUACAACUACAUUGCCAUCAGUUUUGGAUGCCACUAUGGGUCAAGGAAUCGAUGAGUUCAUCGGUUUACUCAAUCAGUCUGGAUAUUUAGAUAGUUUUCAAGACGGUAAUGAAUAUACAAUAUUUGUUCCCACCGACGAAGCCCUUAAUUCUCUUCCUCCAACGCUUCGAUCCACUCUGAAGAAGCAGCCAAAGAAAUUACAAAAGACAUUAAAGCAUCACAUUGUUCCUUCUUUAGUUGAUCCAGAUCACAUUCCCAAUGAUAUGACAUUGCCUACUUUGUUACCUAAUAAAAAUAUUCGGAUUAAUAAAUACGAAGACGCAACUACUGCGUCUGGUGCGAAAAUAGUUAAACCACCUAUUCGAGUAGGAAAUGUUCAAAUUGUGCCUGUCAAUCAAGUAUUGGUUCCUCCUGUAGGAGAUUUGCACCGAACUGUUACCAAAUCGCCUCUUAUGAAACAAUUUUCUAAGUUGAUUGAAAUCUCCGGUUUGGAAGACGAGAUCAAACAAGGAGGACCGUAUACUUUAUUUGCCCCUUCUAAGAAAGCUUUUAAGAAAAUGUCUUCCGAAGAAUAUAAUCGCUUAAUUACCGAUCCUAAUUUGGCAAAGGAAUUUGUUCUUCGACAUUUAGUACGAGGCACUCACUAUACUAAUGGAAUUAAAGAUGGAUCUACUCUUACUUCUGAAAAUGGUCAUGAAUUGAAGCUUAUGAAUAAGCCAGAUUGCCUCGGUGUCAAUGGAGUUAACUUUAGUUUUUCUGACAUCAAUACAACAAACGGAGUCAUUCAUGUCAUCGAUGACGUUUUAUAAUCUUCCAACCGCAUCAUUGGAUUUCAUUACUAUUCAUUCAUCACAAACUCAUUUUUAAAAGAAAUGGCCUAGCCAUGGCAAUAGUGAUAUUAUGUGGUACUCUAUACAAUCUUUAUUAAGAUUAUUUUUAUAUUUUAUUUAAAAUAAUGUACAAAAUAAAAUUGAAUUAACACAAGAUAAGUUUUACGUAAUGAAUGAUUUCCGGUGCAAAUCGAAAGUUCAUAAGUAAUUAAAGACGGACGACAGUGGGAAUUUAUGGGCCUACAAUUUUUUUUUAAAUGCAUGGUUCUUACCCCUCGACUAAACUUUUUACGCCAAGAUCCAACGUACUGUACUGUACUGUACAUGUACUAUCGAAGAAAAAAUAAUAAUCUACAGUAAAAUAAAAUUAUGUUGCCAGAAAAACUGCAGUAAAUAACAAGUAUGAAAGGCUAGAUAACAAUAAUCACAAU